AUGUAUCAAGGUAGAAGUAAAACAGCAACAGUGAUCUUGGAGGCUGUUGCUUCGCAAGACUUGUGGAUAUGGCACGCUUUUUUUGGAACCCCGGGUUCUUGUAAUGAUAUAAAUGUCCUCCAACGGUCGCCGGUGUUCUCUAAUAUAUGUGAGGGAAAAGCUCCAGAGGUUACCUUCAAUGUCAACGGAAAUACAUACAAUAUGGGUUAUUAUCUUACAGACGGUAUCUAUCCGAAAUGGGCAACAUUUAUCCCAGCAAUCAAACAUCCACAAACUGGUAAGCACAAAUUAUUUACCAAGAAGCAAGAGAGUUAUCGAAAGGACGUUGAACGUGCCUUUGGAGUGUUACAAGCUCGAUUUGCAAUAAUACGUCAACCAAGUCUAGCAUGGUCGACCGAAAUUUUAUGGAAAAUUGUAAUGGCUUGUAUUAUCAUGCAUAAUAUGAUUGUUGAAGAUGAGCGAGAUGGAUAUUUGCAUUAUGAUGCAACUGAAUUUAUCAAUGAUCAGCCGCAAAAUGUAGCUGAAUCAUCAACUAGUAACAACAACCAACCAUUUACUGUGAGAAGUGGACAAUUGGAUAGGCUCAAUCUAAAUGGUUAUAUGGAAAAUAGAAAUAAUGUUCGUGAUAGGGAGACCCAUAAUGCACUAAAGAAUGACUUGGUUGAACAUAUAUGGGGACGUUUCGGCAACGAAUGA